AUGUCCUCUCUCACACUUUGUGUCCACCAUGGUCUUUGUGACUCUGCCCACCAGUUGUUCAUCGGGGGCUUACCCAUCUACCUGAAUGAUGACCAGGUAAAAGAGCUGCUGACAUUGUUUGGGCCUCUCAAGGCCCUCAACCUGGCCAAGGACAGUGCCAUGGAGCUCUCCAAGAGCUAUGCCUUCUGUGAGUAUGUGGUCAUCAAUGCCACUUCUCAUGCUAUCAUGGGGCUGAACAGAAUGCAGCUGGGGGAUAAGAAGCUGCUCGUCCAGUGGGUGAGUGUGGGAGCCGAGAAUGCCAGGCUGAGUGCCAUCAACCAGACACAUGUCACCCUGCAGGUACCAGGCCUGAUGAGUGCCCAGGUGCAGAUGGGCGGCCCAGCUGAGGUUCUGUACCUCAUGAAUGUGGUGCUGUGUGAGGAGCUGCUGGAUGACUGGGAGUGUGAGGAGAUUGUGGAGGAUGUGUGUGACAAGUGCAGCAAGUGCAGGCUCCUCAAGUACAGCGAGAUCCCCUGGCCUGUGGAUGGCAUCAAGGUGCCUAGCUGUGGAAGGAUCUUGGUGGAGGUCACCUCUGUGUUUGACUGCCAGAAAGCCAUGCAGGGGCUGACAGACUGCAAGUUUGGCAACAGAGUGUUUGUCAUGAAGUACUGUGACCCAAACUCUUAA